CGGUCAGCAACUUCAGCACCACAGCGCGAUAGACCCACCGAAAUAGCUUACAUUAAUAUUCAUAUUAUUACUUGUAUAUAAUAGCUGCAAAUACCGCAUUCAGUCUGUCUACGAUCACCGCGCUGGCACCAGGGCUCAUCAUUGAGAGUCGCAGCGGGGUCGAGAUGCAAUCAACGGGCCGCCGUACCAGCAAACCAGGGGCAGGAUACUCGAAACCAAUCAAACCAGCUCGGCUACGGACCGCAUGUACAGAAUGCCAUUUGGCCAAGCUGAAAUGCUCCGGCGAAUCCGACGGAUGUGCCCGAUGUGCAAAGCUCGGACUACGCUGCCAGUACGAGAUUUCCAUGGUUGGUCGAGCGUCGCCAAAGCAGAGACCACCACGGCCAAAGCAGCGCGCCGGCACCGCACGCAUUCCGUCCUCCCUAUCUUCGACAUCGUACACCUGGGCGCAGGGCUUUGCUGAUCUGCCUCAGGUGGAUGAUUCAUUCGAUUGGGUUAACCAAAGCAUGGCAAAUGCAUUGAAUCCCUCCAAUCACUCAAUAGACGCUAGCGGUACUAACAGCAUGCCGCUCUCUCUGUUCCAGCUAUCGGCGUCUGUGGCACCUUCUGAUGCCGAGUCCAUGGCAGUAGGAGGCAGUGCGGCAAAUGAAGAGACUGGUUUCAAUUUUGGUCAUCAAAAUUCCAACAGCUAUACGAACCAACAGCAACUUGAGUCUCAGAAUAUAGCCCACGGAAACUUAGUCCUACCAUCAGCACCCGCGUCCGAGGACUUGAUGCGAGCAGGCUUUCAUGUUACAAUUGCCGUUCCUGAAUAUUACCGCGACGAGGCAGCUGUAGCGCCGUAUCCACAUGCCACGGCGCUCAUGAAUAUGAUUGACGAGCUGGAAACGUGUGUCCAGCUCGCGUCUGCGCCAAUCGACCAGAUCCUCUCCAUGAAUCGCGGCGUACUGAGUAGAUUGCCAUCCAUCAUCGAUAUGGAUGGCUUCAAAGUCUGCCAUAGCUGUCCAACACUACUAACAACCGUCAUGGAUUUAGUGGUGGCACUAUACGAUAUGGUAGUAUCAACCAUUCACUCCCCCGCCAACACCACUGCAGAUAUGGAAUACAUAGAGAGCAGUGGUGGCAAUAGUACACUGCCCAGCGGUAAUGACGCUUUGGAUACUACAGCACCAUCUACUACUACUAUAUUUCCACCCCCUGAUUCUAAUGGCUCGGGUAGCCAGGCGUUACCAGCAUUUUCUUUUGGCUGUCUGGAACUGGAAGCGGAAGAGCAGGCCAUGUUUCGCAAUCAAAUUCUACAACUUGAUCUGAACAAAUGCGUCAAGGUGAUUCAGGCUUGUGCUCAAGUGGCCAAGCGAAAAUUCGAAUUGGCAACUAUUUCGGGAGGUAAAGAGCGCUCACAUUCCGGUAUGAAAGGAGAUUAUAGCCACAAGACCCAGGAGCUGCAAAAGCAGUGGUAUUCAGAUGUUGAGAGGAGGACAAACACGUUACUGGAAGUGUUGCGUGCUUCGGUUGCUGGCACGCGUUUAUGAUAGCAGACAUAUUUUAAGCAUAAAUUUUAAUUAUUGUAAAAAUUCAAUCUAUAUCUUGUAUAAUCUGCGAUAUUUUCUCAAAUAGAGUAACUGCGUGUUGGCCUGCCGGGUAGCAUCCGUCGAACACAACAUAACAUGACAAGCGCGUAGAAUUUGGCUCCUGUAGAAAAUUACCCAUUUACAGUACGAAAAUAUUUAUAAUAAUGCUAAAGUCGAUAUAGUUUUCCCUAGAACUUGGUAGCGCGGGCAAAGAAGAGCUGCAUCUUGCCAGAUCGCGCCCCAGGAACCUCGGACAAUUUAUCUGCCAAUGCAAACUUGGCAUCUCCACAACCAGCUUGCUCGAAUAGCCGGAAAAUAGUCUCUUUUGUAAAACUAUCGUGAGAAAUUGUAUGAGCGGCAGGGUGAUGAGAAUGGAUCUUGUCGCCGUUUUGGUUAUAGCCAUGGCUGUGAUGGUAAUGCUCAUGGGAAUGUCGAGCACCAGUACCGGCGGGUUCAGCGUCGCGUUUGGCCCAGUCAAUAACAAGCAAGACACCGCCUGUGCGAAGUCUCUCAGCGAGCUUUUUGAUGGCCAAGUCAAUGUCGUCCACGUGGUGUAGCGCCAUACAAAUGGCCACCACGGCAAAAUUGGUGAGCUGUUCGCGGCUCAAGGCUGGCUUGGUGGGCUGCUCAUCUUCAAGCAAGAGAUUUCCUUGAACAGUCAUCAUUUGAGACUCGGAAAGACCAAGGUCAUUCGCGGUGCCGCGAUACUUGGCCAACAUGCCCUCGGCGAGAUCGACGCCAACGAGCUGGCCAAACUGUUUGUGGAGGGA